AUGUCUCAUCUCACAAGUAAAGCCUCUCCCAUCGUCAUUGUUGGCGCAGGCGUCUUUGGGAUUAGCACUGCCAUGCAUCUCGCCGAGAAUGGCUAUAGCAACGUGAAGAUCCUAGAUAAGCAGGCGUACAAUGACAGUCAAUACAGCUACGACAAAGGCUGUGAUGCUGCCUCAGCAGAUAUCAACAAGAUCAUUAGGGCUGCAUAUGGUUCGCAAACCCAUCAUCAAGAGCUUGCUCUAGAUGCAAUCACGCAUUGGAAGAGAUGGAAUCAAGAAAUCCAAACGGGCGAAAAUUUGCCUCCGGGUUUUACGACCAGUGAUACCUUAUUUGUGAAUAACGGAAACCUCAGCAUGACCUCGAGCCCUGAACUAUCACAGUUCGAGAAGGAUACCAUUCAAAACAUGACCAAAGUAGGAAGGGCAAACACGCAGAUUGUGCUUACUGACCUUGAUGAUGUGGACCGUGCAAAGGCGAGCGGUUUCGACUUUGCCGUCAACCCAUUUCACCGACAAGAAAACUUUGGCAUACUUGACAUACAAGCUGGUUUCGUGUAUGCUGAUAAGGCCUGUCGUUUUGCCCUUCAUAAAGCUCAGAGUUUGGGGGUCCAGGCAAUCUUGGGAGGCGCCAAAGGCACAUUCGCAGGUCUCGUUCAUGACACAAAUUCGAAAAUUAAUGGAAUCCGAACCGCAGAUGGUAUAGUCCACGGUGCUGAAGUGGCCAUUAUGGCAUGUGGUGGAUGGACGCCCACGUUAGUUCCGCAGCUUGACAACCUCUGCGAGACAACGGCUGGGAGUGUAUGCAUUUUUCAACUGCCGAAAGGUUCACCUCUGUGGGAUGGUUUGGCCCCUGAGAACUUCCCUACAUGGACUUACAACAUCUUCUCCGGUGAGAAAGGAGGCCUCUAUGGAUUCGCUCGAGAUGCAAAUGGGGCAGUCAAGAUUGGUUAUCGCGGGACCAAGUUUACCAAUCCGCAGACACAAGCCGACGGCGCUGCGAGGAGUAUCCCUACCACGCGCUGGACGCGGCAGCCGACCCGGAAAAUCCCAGCGACGGCGGCUAAUGUGAUUAAAGACUUUGUUCAGAAGUUCCUGCCGGAGCUCAUGCAGUAUGAGACCAAGACCCGGCUAUGCUGGUACUCUGAUACGUUUGACAACCACUUUGUUAUCGAUUUUGUACCUGGAUACCAGGGGCUGAUGGUGGCAACGGGCGGAAGCGGUCAUGGCUUCAAGUUCCUGCCUACCCUUGGAAAACAUGUUGUGGACCUCUUGGAGGGCAGAAAGAAUGAUUAUCUUCAUCACUGGAAGUGGAGGAGCCCCGAGCCUGGCAAGAAGCCGUAUAACAGCAUCAUGGAAGGCAUCACUAGUGAUAGAUCCCUUCAUGUCCAGUUACUUACUGCUGAAGACAGUCUUACAAUUAGGCAGAGUCACUUGUAA